AUGCUGGGCUCUGGAUUCAUCGAGUUCGAACUUGAAUAUUCCGAAACCAAGAACCUCUCUGUCGGCGACGUCGUCCGCUCCGGUGUGAUCUCCGUUGCAGGACACGUCUGGAGGAUAUACUGCUACCCACAUGGCAACAAGAAAGCCAACAAAGGCAUAUACCUAUCCCUCUACCUACGGCUCGUCAGCAAAGCCAAAAAUGUCACGGCCAUCUUUGAGGCCUCCAUUCGACGCAGUCGCGGUCGAGGGCAUGUAAAGAGGUGUACCAAGGUUUACCCACCCAAUGGCGUCAGAUCCCAGAGCAGGGGGUGGCAUGAGUUUGUGAGGCGAAGUAUUCUGGAGUAUGGUAAUUAUGUGAAGGAUGGACGCGUUACAUUUUUAUGUGGGAUCACAGUUCUGCGUGACAGCUCCAUUGCUGUGCCUGCCUCAGAUAUUCAGAGCCAUCUUGACAGUUCCAUUGCUGUGCCAGCCUCAGAUAUUCAGAACCAUCUUGGCAGCUUGCUGGAUUGCUCCGAUGGGGCUGAUGUGUCAUUCUGCGUGAAUGGACAGACAUUUCAUGCGCACAGGGCAAUUCUCGCUGCACAGUCACCGGUCUUCAAAGCUGAGCUCUUCGGCCCCAUGGCCGAGGGUACAAUGGCACGUAUCACGCUACACGAAAUUGAACCUUUGGUCUUUAGAACCCUUCUCCGGUUCGUGUACACUGACUCCCUGCCUGCAGAUAGAGAGCUUGGGGACUCUUGUACUGAUAUGAUAAAGCAUCUGCUUGCUGCAGCUGAUCGGUACGCAUUGGACAGGUUGAAGCUUGUCUGUGCUCAGAAGUUGUGGGAGACUGUCUCCAUCGAUACGGUUGCCGAUGCUUUAUCUUGCGCUGAUGUGUACAGUUGCCAGGAGUUGAGGAGCAGGUGCAUUGACUUUGUUAUGGAGGAGAAAAAUUUCAAGAAGACCGUGUUGACUGAAAGUUUCAUGACCUUGAUGCAAAAUUUCCCAUCUAUUCUCGCCGAGCUGAGAGCAAAAGUUGGGGCAUAAAUAAUGUGAUCAUCUCCAUGUGUAUGAUUUCAGGCGUUCAUGGAUGGCCUUACUAUGGUGUUCUAAAAAUUUGGAGUUCUGAUCAGAUACUAUGUUAAGAUUGUGUGGUAAUAGAUGCAUUUAUGAACCUGGAUGCUGCUUUUCAAACCGUUCCUUUUGUAGAAUU